AUGUUCCUGAAGAAUUACCUGGACAUGUUCACGAAAGAUGCGCCACUGGAGGGAGAUGCUGGCCCUUCAGGUACUUACUUUCUGCCCUUGGAAGCCCUGGGGAGCAGCAGUCUGAGCCACGGGACCCCCAAAGAGAGAGUGACCCCGGCCCCUCUGAAUCCAGCGCAGUCAGGGGACGAGCUUCACAAGCCAGAGUUGGAAGGGAUGGUUCCCUCCGCACCUCAAGCCUCCGCGGCCGCAUCCAUGCUGCUUCCGCUUCCGGAGGAACCCGGCACCGGGCAUGCCUUCCCCCCCACGAGGAAGCCGACUUCGCUCAAGCAGGUGAACUUGACCAGGAGGCAGCUGAGGCCGAAGGCCACCACCACAGCAGCCGUGCAGAGGGCGGCGUCCCAGCCAGCAUCCUCGGACCUGGUCCUCCUCUCCUCUGCCACGGAGAAGCCCCGCCCACCUGGGGACCUGGACCCCGUGGCCUCCGCAGGGGAGGAGACCCACCCACUGUCGCUGUCAUCGGAGGAGCCCCUCUGGCUGGAGCAGAAGGAAGGUGCAGUCCCCACGACGCCCGCGCCCCUACAGAUCGCCCCCUUCACCUCGCAGCCGCUGGUGGCCCACACGCUCCCCCAGAGCCCCGACCCCGGGGCGCCCGCCGUGCCUGAGGAGGCCCACGAGGCUCCCCCGGGGGAUGCCAGCCCCAUGACCCUGAUGGACAAAUGUGAGAACGAGCUGACCGGGUCGGCCUCGGAGGAAAGCCAGGAGACCACGACGUCCACCAUCAUUACCACCACGGUCAUCACCACCGAGCAGGCCCCAGCUCUCUGCAGUGUGCGUUUCUCUGAUCCUGAAGGGUACAUCGACUCCAGUGAUUACCCACCGCUGCCCCUCAACAGCUUCCUGGAGUGCACGUACAACGUGACAGUCUACACUGGCUAUGGGGUGGAGCUCCAGGUGAAGAGUGUGAACCUGUCUGAGGGGGAGCUGCUUUCCAUCCGUGGGGUGGACGGCCCCUCCCUGACCAUUCUGGCCAACCACACCCUCCUGGUAGAGGGGCAGGUGAUCCGAAGCCCCACCAACACCAUCUCCGUCUACUUCCGGACCUUCCAGGACGAUGGCCUUGGGACCUUCCAGCUGCACUACCAGGCCUUCAUGCUGAGCUGCAGUUUUCCCCGCCGGCCCGACUACGGGGAUGUCAUGGUGAUGGACCUGCACUCAGGUGGGGUGGCCCACUUCCACUGCCACCUGGGUUACGAGCUCCAGGGUGCCAAGACGCUGACGUGCAUCAAUGCCUCCAAGCCCCACUGGAGCAGCCAGGAACCCAUCUGCUCAGCCCCUUGUGGAGGGGCUGUACACAACGCCACCAUUGGCCGCGUCCUGUCCCCAAGUCACUCUGGAAAUACCAAUGGGAGCCAGUUCUGUGUGUGGACAAUUGAAGCUCCAGAGGGCCAGAAGCUGCAUCUGCACUUUGAGAAGCUGUCACUGCAUGAGAAGGACAGGAUGAUGGUCUACAGUGGGCCGACCAACAAGUCCACUCUUCUCUACGACUCCCUCCAAACCGAGAACGUCCCCUUUGAGGGCCUGCUGAGUGAUGGCCACACCAUCUGCAUCGAAUUCAUGUCUGACCAGGGGCGGGUGGCCUCAGUCUUCAACAUCCGGUUCGAGGCCUUUGAGAAAGGCCACUGCUAUGAGCCCUACAUUCAGAACGGGAACUUCACCACGUCUGACCCAACCUAUAACGUCGGGACCAUAGUGGAGUUUACCUGCGACCCCGGCCACUCCCUGGAGCAGGGCCCGGCCAUCAUUGAGUGCAUCAACGUGCGGGACCCAUACUGGAACGACACAGAGCCCCUGUGCCGAGCCAUGUGUGGUGGGGAGCUCUCUGCCGUGGCCGGGGUGGUGCUGUCCCCAAACUGGCCAGAGCCCUACGUGGAAGGUGAAGAUUGUGUCUGGAAGAUCCACGUAGGGGAGGAGAAACGGAUCUUCUUAGAUAUCCAAUUCCUGAACCUAAGCAACAGCGACAUCCUGACCAUCUACGACGGUGAUGAGGUCAUGCCCCACAUCUUGGGACAGUACCUUGGAAACAGCGGACCCCAGAAGCUGUACUCGUCCACGCCGGACCUAACCAUCCAGUUCCACUCAGACCCUGCCGGGCUCAUCUUUGGGAAGGGCCAGGGAUUCAUCAUGAACUACAUAGAGGUGUCAAGGAACGACUCCUGCUCAGAUUUGCCCGAGAUCCAGAAUGGUUGGAAAACCACUUCUCAUACGGAGCUCGUGAGGGGAGCCAGAAUCACCUACCAGUGUGACCCCGGCUAUGACAUCGUGGGGAGCGACACCCUCACCUGCCAGUGGGACCUCAGCUGGAGCAGCGAUCCCCCAUUUUGUGAGAAAAUUAUGUACUGCACCGAUCCCGGGGAAGUAGACCACUCGACCCGCUUGAUUUCGGACCCCGUGCUGCUGGUGGGCACCACCAUCCAGUACACCUGCAACACGGGCUUCGUGCUGGAAGGGAGCUCCCUCCUGACCUGCUACAGCCGUGAAACCGGCACGCCCAUCUGGACCUCUCGCCUGCCCCACUGUGUUUCGGAGGAGUCCCUGGCAUGUGACAACCCAGGGUUACCUGAAAAUGGCUACCAAAUCCUGUACAAACGACUCUACCUGCCAGGAGAGUCCCUCACCUUCAUGUGCUAUGAGGGCUUCGAGCUUAUGGGCGAAGUGACCAUUCGAUGCAUCCUGGGACAGCCAUCCCACUGGAAUGGGCCACUGCCCGUCUGUAAAGUUAAUCAAGACAGCUUUGAACACGCUUUAGAAGUAGCAGAAGCGGCAGCCGAGACGUCUCUGGAAGGGGGAAACGUGGCACUGGCUAUCUUCAUCCCGGCCCUCCUCAUCUCCUUACUGCUGGGAGGAGCCUACAUUUACAUCACCAGAUGCCGCUAUUACUCCAACCUCCGCCUGCCCCUGAUGUACUCCCACCCCUACAGCCAGAUCACCGUGGAAACCGAGUUUGACAACCCCAUUUAUGAGACAGGGGAAACCAGAGAGUAUGAAGUUUCCAUCUAG